CCACCAGUAUGCGCCUCCCCCGCACGGCGCGCAGCCUUCCGCGUCGAGGCAUAGGCGUCCUAUUCCCGCGCCCGCGCCCGAAAUGGUCACAGCAGGCGUGCCGUACCCGACCCGCUCCGCUCGUAUCCGUGUGGUAGCACCAGACGACCCCAUCGUGGGUCAUCAACCACUCGAGUGGCGCCCAGGCCACGAAGACCAUACGGGCCAAGUCGAGGUGUACGACCCGCAGAUCGGCAUUCACUGGUUGCCUGAACCUCAAUGUAGGCACCUAGCCGUCCGUGCGCGCGGUACACAGAGCGACGCCCGGUACGCGAUCGCAAAGGAGCCAUCCCAGCUGGACGACGGCGACGUGUCCCCUGGUCCUAACCCCUUGCAGCUCACUGGCGUUCCGGAGGGCGUUCUCGCAGGUUCGAGCGGCAGCGCUAUCCAACGUGUGGACGAGGAUGCGCUGUUCUCAACGGCGAGGGAAGGGUCUGCAUUCUUCCAAAAUCAGCAGAUCGCUUCUGUCCGCGCUGUUACCUUCGCCGCAGACGAACCUGGUCCUUCGACAGCAGGAGACACGUCCCUUUCUGCUUUGCAUGGGUUCGCCGGCGGCUCGUCGCAGGGUGGCGCUCUGUUCAGCCUAGGGGCCCCGCAAGAACCGGGACAGUCCGGUACUGCUCGGCCGCUGGUUCGAACGCAAGUACCUGCAGAGACCCUACCUCAGCCGUCGCCUGCCUCCUCUUGGGGAGGCACCUAUCAGCCGAGCCGCAGGUCCAGUCUCUCACUCCACGUCAACAACCUUCCACCUCCCAGCGACUCCCAAGAUACUACGUCGGAUUCAGUGGAAGAAGGGUCGAUCGAGUUCUUUGGCCAAUCCAUGACGGUGGACAUCGCGGACAACGCCUCGGGAUCCUUCCGCUCCGGGGAGGCAAGGCCCUCCGGCCUGCUGUUGAACACAUCGAGGGAGGGCAGUUCCCGGCAGGUCGUGACAGGUCUCCACGACCUGGAGGCUAUCAAUCGCUCGUUGAGUGAGAUCGCCGAGCCCGCCCAGAGCGACACCCGCAGCACUCGUUCGUCUCCCUCUGCACCUGCGUCCUCCCGUCAACCACGACAGGCGCCGGCAUCUGGACACGACUCUCGCGAACAUGUCGGCCUCAGGACAGGCAUCGCGUUGUAUAGUUCCCGGCCCACAACUCAAUACCCCGCUGCUGGCCCUUCUACUGAGCCUCUCUCAGCGCCUCCCGCACCGUCGACCCAUGUCCGGUCACUAAGCCGAACUUCAACACGGUCCCGCGCCGAAAGCACAGUCAGUCACAGCACUAGCGGCAGUGGUGGGAGUGGCGGCAGUGGUGGCGCCAGCUCGCAACGCCCUUCAGGCCAACGACAUCGCCGCAGCUCGACUGCGUCCAGCGUGCACUUCCACGACCAGUUAGACGUUCCCCCCGCCUUCCGGCCUGCAGAGCCGCAGGAUACCCAUGCCUACACCUCUCAGGGCCCGUACGCGGAUGCCCCGCGCGGCAGCCAGGACUCCAUUCCGCGUUCUCUCGGCUCCAUCGGCGAGUUCGGUACCGGCGGCGGCCUCCUGCUCUCGUUUGAAGCCCCGAGUACGUCCUCCGCGGUGGACAGGCACGGCGACGCUGCCGCUGGCAUACACGCCCCGCGCCCAGUGGCCAGCAGCCGUUCGUCGACGCGGAGCCUGUUCAGCGGUGCGUGGAACGCGAGGAACGGCCGGUGAUAUACCGGUAUUCACAUCUCAAAAUUCGUGGUAUGUACCUCUAUCGUCCCCCUAGACUAUUCCUUUCUCUCUCGGCCUUCUUUCUGUAUCUGUUACUAUACCUUUCGGAUUUCCCAGUGCCUCGUCUAUCUCCCCCUGUCCCGCUGUUUACUCUUCAUAUAUCCUCGUCUGUUGCUCUAGAAGACUGUUGUAGGAUGUUGCGGCCGCUCCCAGUUACUUACGCUCUGUUAUCAAUCCGUGCUGUUGUUGUCUCUACGUACGCCUCACUCGCCGCCGCUCUAAUGUCUGCCCGAAUACGCUAUCCUCACGUCCCCGUUCACGCAUACCUACGCUUGCCAUAUCCUACUGUGCGUUCAUACCAUAUCCAAUUAUCA